UGGGUAGAUGGGCUCGUGUAUGCCUGAGUUAAAGUGUAGGUUUUUUGGAACCAACAAUUAUAGGUAACAUAUAAGUAAAUUUUACCUCUGAGUACUCUGUACUACGAACGGCAGUUUGUCAGUCUUUCUGCCUGUCUACCUAACUCGCUCAGUUCUACUGCUCUACAAAAUUCUUAUCUGAGUUUUAUGGAUUAAAAAAAUUUGUUUUAAUUUUUGUGUUUGAUACACAACCAGUGCAGUUGUUAGUGUCAUUUCACAAGGUAGCCGUUGAAAAGACUUUAAAAAGAGCUGAACACAGUGUUUGUGAGAAUCAGUAUUAAGUUGGCUUUCACUUGCAACAAGUGUUGUGGUUGUGGUGUUAUUAAAAUAAUUAAUAUUUUUGUUUAAUUUUUAAUUUUGAAAAAAAAAAAUCAUUUAAUAAUGGAUCACGAUCAUGAUCACGGUGGUAUGGGUGGUGGCGGUGACAUGGGUGGUGGCAAAAUGUGCCCUAUGAUUAUGACCUUCCAUGCCGGUCACUGUGAACGUAUUUUAUGGAAUGGUUGGGUUGCCAGUACUGUCACCGAAUUUGUUUUCUCCGCUUUGGCCAUCUUUUUGGUAUCGUUCCUCUAUGAAGGUUUGAAAUUUGUUCGUGAAUACUUUUUGCGUCAAACUGUCAAGAAAGAAGCUGAACGUGUGGCCGCUGAAUUACAACAGAAAAAUGGUGGUGCUGGUACCUCAAAUGGACAACCUGCCUGUCAUGGUAAUAUGCCCGAAAUACGUCAGAAAUCUUAUAAGGAAAAGAUAUUUGCCAAACCCCACCUUAUACAAACACUUAUCAAUUUGGUGCAAAUUAUACUUUCCUAUCUGCUGAUGUUGAUCUUCAUGACUUUUAACUAUUGGUUGUGUUUGGCCGUUGUUUUGGGUCUGGGUUUGGGUUAUUUCUUCUUUGGCUGGAUUAAACAAGAUGUUUACGAAAGUGAAUGUUGUCACUAACUGAAAGAAUGAAACAUUAUAAAUAUGCCAGAAUGUUAAGAUAUUUGUUUAGGGGAACUUCUUUCUUUAAAGUUUAUUUUUUUAUAUAUACAAAAUAAAUAUUUAUAAGUUAGUAGUUUCUUAAAGGAGUUAUAAUAUCUAAGGACUCCGUAAUUAUUCUGUUUAAAUAAUGUGAUCAUGUUCUGUUAGUAAUUUUAACAUGAAUUCACUUGUGCCAUAAAUUAGUUAAUUUAAGUUUGUACUGUUAUUAUUAAUAAAUAUUUUAGUUUUGUUACCAAAAAUAUAUAUAAACAUUCAAAAUAUAAUUAUUUUAUUAGGACCUUUAAGUACUCUUAUUAUAAAUUUUAUACUUUGUAAAAUAUUUGUUCAGUUUUCUAUUAAACUCUUUAUACUUAUUUCAACAAAAUCAGUUAUUUUUAAACCAAAUGUUUUAAUAGUUUGAUUAUCUGCAUAUUUAAGUUUUUUUUUAUGAUGAAAAUACACAUACAUAAACCUAUUUUUAUAGAAAA